GUAUGCAAUCGGGUGGCCUCGCAACAUCAGGACGAAGAUACGAAGACGAGGAAGUACGACAGUGGUUGUACCCGCCGAGAGAGGGGCAGGACUUGGUGGGGAGCGAUUCCACACAUGUGCAGCUCUUCCAGAUCGGGACUGCCCGCCAAGAAUUUGAAGAGAUCUUCGAUGCUCCAAAUGGGGUCACUAAAGACGUAGUACCGAUAGAUAGUAAGAAACCUAAGUUUUGGAAAGAUGUUGGCGGGCAAGAACCAGAGUUUCUCAAGGUACAGACAGCGCAGGUUCUCUCCGUGUCCCGAGAAUAAGAGUACCGUGGGUUCCUUUCUGUAAUUCGAGUCCGUGUGCGCGAGUGUGAUCUUGCAAUGCUCGAGCUCUGCAGCGGGGAGAGAUAGCAAAAGAGAGAGCAUUGAGUCCACCGCGUCCGUAGCUUCCGUGCCAAUGAGGUGUCCUAUGUGCAGUUGUUGGAUGCGAUGCCCUUCGUUCUUCAGCAACCGCCGCAUCC